UACAACUUUCAGCACAGAUUACGCUGGAGCUCAGUAAGUUCACGAGCACGGAGUACGCGCUAUCCAUUCUCGUAAAAUAACAAACGCAUAGAACGAAACAUCAUAUUACUAUCGUAAUAGCGGAUAAUCGAAAGAUUAAACCGAAUGAGUGAAGCAUCGUCAACAGCCAUGGCCGAAUCAAGAUCUACAAUUCAAUCUUUCUACACAGACAAGACCAUCUUUAUUACUGGUGCUUCUGGUUUCAUGGGCAAGGUUCUUGUAGAAAAAUUGCUAUACAGCUGUUCUGAUCUCAACAAAAUCUAUAUUUUGAUGCGAGCCAAGAGAGGUCGCAGUUUCGACAAUCGACUUGAAGAUAUAUUCAAAUUACCUCUAUUUCAAAGAAUACGAACUGAGAAGCCUCAAGUUUUGAAGAAAGUGAUACCACUUAACGGUGACAUAUGUUCGGACAAUUUGGGCUUUACUGAUGAACAGCGUGAGCUUCUAAUAAAUGAAGUAAACUUGGUGUUCCAUUGCGCUGCGACUCUUCGAUUAGAGGCGAAAUUGAAAGAUGCCGUCGAAAUGAACAUGAUAGGUACAAAAAGACUAUUAAACUUGGCAAAAGAAAUGAAACAUCUAGAGGCUUUUGUGCAUCUAAGCACAGCCUUCUGUCACGUCGACCAGAAGGAAUUAGGCGAGCGGACAUAUAAUUCCCCUGAUGAUCCUCAUGAUAUCAUGAGACUCAUUGAAUGGCUGGAUGAAAAUUCGAUCGAUUUUAUUACGCCAAAAUUACUACAUCCGCAUCCAAAUACUUAUACAUAUUCGAAACGUCUGGCUGAAACAUUAGUAGCGAACGAAUUUCCUAAUCUGCCGUGUAGCAUUGCUAGACCAUCGAUUGUGAUACCUUCUUAUAAGGAGCCAUUUCCAGGAUGGGUCGACAAUUUGAAUGGACCUAUAGGUUUGCUUGUCGGUGGCGGCAAGGGUGUUAUUAGAUCAAUGCAUUGUAACGGCAAUUAUAACGCUGAAGUUAUACCGGUUGAUUUUGCGAUUAAUAAUUUAAUUAUAAUUGCAUACAAAACUGCUACUAGCCUGAGAAAUUCGAAAAGUAUACCCGUGUUCAAUAUAACGCAAAGCGAUUCAACGCCUAUCACAUGGGGCGAAAUAUUGGACAAGGGUAGGGAAGUUAUUUAUGAAUAUCCUUUCGAGGGACAAGUUUGGUAUCCAGAUGGCGACAUACGUAGCAAUAAAUUUAUACAUAAUAUUUUCGUUUUUUUCUUCCAAAUCAUACCUGCAUAUUUUAUUGACUUUCUGAUGCUGAUAUUUCGACAGAAGAGAUUCAUGGUCAGACUCCAAAAUCGAAUUUUAAACGGUCUCGCGGUACUGCAAUAUUUCACCACGCGGCAAUGGAUAUUUUAUAAUAAAAAGCUAAUUGCUUUGUGCGUGGACGAGUUAUCACCAUUAGAUAAAGAAAUAUUUCCACCUCUAGUUUUUAAUGUCGAUAUAACGGAAUACCUUAAGCACAUAGUCCUUGGCGCGCGACAGUACUGCAUGAAAGAAGAUCUGUCUACUUUGCCGAAAGCCCGUCGGCAUCAAAAAAUGAUGUACGUUAUCCAUAUUACAACAAUAUAUCUGUUUUACUUCGGUGUAUUAUAUUUCAUUUAUAACAAUGUUGAAAUGGUGAGAUUUUUCCUGGAUUAUGUUACUGAGAAAAUCAAAUUGCUACCGUUUAUACGCGAAUCCGUAGAAAUGAUGCAGCUUUAAGAAUCUAUUCAAACAUUGUAUUGCAUUUGUGUUUAUUGCGCUAUCUAUGUGUAUAUAAUUUGACUGGGAACGUGAUAAGAAGAUGAAAAAGGAUAGUCUCUUGA